CGUGUCAUCCCCCCCCCCCCCCGCCCUGACCCGGGGCCGCGAGUUCGCGUCCCGACCCGGCCCACUUCCGCCUGCGGGGCCUGGGCCGCGCCGCUGCCAUGGCCAGCCGCCUCCAGAAGCUGUUCGGGGCCGACGGGGACCUGGCGGACGAGGAUUUCCUCUCCGCCGUGGAGGACGCAGAGAACCAGUUCGUGGUCCCCAGGCGUGUGUCCCCCGGCGGUGGCCCGCUCCCUCCCAGCGUGCUGUCCCCAGCCCCCGGCCUGCAGCCCCUCCACCUGCCGGGACCCCGGCUCGGUCAUCGCUCCGGUAAACCCCCCGGCCUGCGACCCCUUGCCGGGCAGGGGGAGCAGCCCGUGGGCUACCAGGGACCCCCAGCAGCCCCCCAGGAUGAGCUGGACAACGACCUCUUCCUGGCCGCCUGUAUGGAGCUGGAGGGCCCCGAGCUGCCGGCGGGGGACAGUGCUGCCCGGCCACCCCCCAGGCAGUGGGAGAAGCCCCCACGCACGCAGACAGGGCAGGAGAGCCCCCAGGAAUGGGUGACCCCCAAGAAGCUGCGGGUGGGAGAGGAGCUGGUCUCCCCUGGCCCCAGGGGGGCAGAGGGCAGGCAGGACCCCCUGCCCACCCCACCGGCAGCUCCUGCUCCCAAGCUGGUGCUGCAGCCCAGCGCAGACGGUACCUGCACCGCCGGGCCCCCCACCCCCCUGGGAAAGCCGGGUGGCUCCUGGGGCUCCGUCCCCACUCCCAGGGGUCCAGCCCCGAGGCCUUUCCAAGUGUCCCCAUGCCAGCCAGGAGCGAGCAGCUCCUCUGCAGGGCCACAGGUGCCCCGGCAGAGCUGCCCCCUGCCCCGGCUGCGCCCCGUGCCCCCAGCCAACUCUCCGGCCUUGAUGAGCUGUGUGGAGCCCCCGCCGAGGCAGCCACCCCGGCCAGCCCCAGGCAACCUGCAGACACCUGUGGUCACCAACCACCUCGUGCAGCUGGUGACGGCGGCCAGCAAAACCCCCCGGGCUGCUCCCUGUCUCCCACCGCAGGGAAAGACUCGACGGUUCCCGGGGCCUGCUGGGAUCCUGCCCCAGCAGCACGCUGGGAAUCUCCUGGAGGAGAUCCUCGUUUCUGCUCCCCAAACUCCAGCUCACGGGGCUGUGGCGAAGCCGCGGAUGGAGGGACUACCCAGCUCCUCUCCUCCCACGGAAGAGGAUUUUGGGAAGGGCCCCUGGCUUGCCAUGAAGACGGAGCUGGGGCUGGACGAGAGGGACCCCAGCUGCUUCCUCAGGACCUACAGCGUGGUCAUGGUCCUGCGGAAGGCAGCCUUGAAGCAGCUCCCGAAGAACAAGGUCCCCAGCAUGGCCGUAAUGAUCAAGGCCCUGACCAGGACCAACGUUGACGCUGGUGCCGUGUUCAGGGACCCAACCGGAGAGAUGCAGGGCACAGUGCAUCGCCUGCUGCUGGAAGAGAGGCAGAGUGAGCUCAAGCCCGGCUCGGUGCUGCUCCUGAAGCAGGUGGGCGUCUUCUCCCCGUCCCACCGUAACCACUACCUCAACGUUACCCCCAACAACCUGCUCAAGAUCUACCCGCCAGAGCCCGAGGGCAGCUUCUCGCAGCCGUCACCAGCGCAGCGGGAGGUCCCUGCCCAGGCUGGGCUACUCCAGGACCACCCUGCACAGCCCCCCUGGGGGGACGGGGGACGAGGGAGGACGGGCAGCUACAGCACAGAGCAGUCUCCUGGAGGCUUCUCCCUGCACCCGCGGAGCCUCGAGCCCAGGCGAGAAGAGCCGGUGGGAGCUGACAGCUGCGACAUGGAUGACCUGGACGGGCUCCUGGGAGAGCUGCCUGAGGAUUUCUUCUCCGCUCCAGCCCAAGCUGACUGGUGCUGACCUGGGGGAGCUGCGGCACAGCCGUGGGGCCGGGGAAACGGUUACUGCUGGCACGGCCUGGGCUGCACCGCGGCCCGGUGAGGAGGCCGAGCAAGCAGGCGACGCACCGGCUGCCCGCCUGCUCCUUUCUCUGUCUGUUUGUUCUGGAGCCGAGAGCUGGGGGACCCGGGGAGUCCCAGGUGGACAUGGCCUCUCUCCGGGCGGGCUGGCCCCUCUCGGCUCCCAAACCUGCAUUAAAGGGCUGUUGUGUCCCUGCUU